AUGGCCAUCGACACCAUCCCCCGCGGUGAUGUCCGCGCAACCCUAAACUUCUUCGCCCCUCCCGAAGACGGUUCCGCCCCCUACAACACCAUCGUCCCCGAAGGCCUCCCGGGACGCAACUACUCAGAUGACGUCCAGGAGGCCCUCCUGCACGACAUCCGCGGCCGCGAGGCUGAAUUCAACCUCGACCAGGACGCCUUCGCCGUCAUCCGCAACCAGCCUCCGUCCGCCGAGAAGGAGUUUGUAGACGACGAGUCCAUUAAGCAGAAUUACUACCCGGAGCUCGAGAAGCUUCUUCUGGAGCACGUUCCGGGCUCCAACCGGGUCCUCUUCUUUGACCACACCAUCCGCCGCGCAGACCUCAAGGCGAACAGGAACCCCGUCACCCGCGUGCACAUCGACCAGACGCCCGUCUCCGUCAUCCAGCGCGUGAAGAAGCACCUGCCUGAGGAGGCGCACAAGCUCCUGGCGGGCCGGUACCGGAUCAUCAACGUCUGGAGGCCGCUCAACAAGAACCCCGUCGAGUCGUUUCCGCUGGGUUUCGCUUCCUCUUCGACGCUGGACGAUGCGGACAUCGUCCCCAUCGAACAUCGGUAUUCCAACGGCUACACCGGCGAGACCGCGGGGAUCAAGUUUAGCCCUAGCCAGAAGUGGUACUACCUGAGCGGCAUGACCGGAGACGAGCGGCUGCUUCUCGAGUGCUUCGACAGACAAGACCUGAUGCUGAAGGCCGCGAGAGCAUCGAAGUUCGCGCGCUAG